ACCAUGGUGCAUGAUGCUCCCAUAUCAUACAUGCAACUGCUCCUUGCUGCUGAACAAGAGGGGGCUAGAUACGGAUCCUCACAAUCGCAAGAAGAUCACCUAGUCCGUACUGAGAAUGAUAUGUACAUGAUAACUGGGCGAUAUGGGAGAUCAUCCGAAGAUACAGCCCGGCCUGAUGCUCGUUCUGCAGAUCAGUGUUUGUGUCAACUUGAUACACAACAUGAAGAAGAGGUGGAACCUUUUGUUGACAACCAUUUUACAGAAAGCUUGAAUGAUUUGAACUGGGACAGAGAUAUGGAGAUGGAUGGAGGAAACAAAAACUGCUUGAUAGAUUCAACUGAUAAUCCUUCUGACAGUGAUUCUGAGGAUGAUCUUCCUCCAACGUUGUUGCAAAGAAGCUCUGAUAUGACUGCUGUAACUGCUGGACAACAAGAAAAUAGUGGUGCAGCUGAUGAAGUUGAACAAUUGACACAUGAAGAUAUACUGAUUUUCCUUGAAAAUGACAGUAUAGUUGCUGCCCAGAGUUCUAGUCAGGAAGUGCGUAGCCAUCACGUACCCCUUGUGAACAUGGUCUUUGAUACGGAGGAUGCAGCUUACACCUUUUACAAUGAAUAUGCCUCAAUUGCUGGAUUUUCUGUGAAGAAGGCAGCCCGCUUUUGUGGCAAGAAACAAGGUGGCAGUGCAUCAACUCGGCUAACUUUCAAGUGCAAUCGGUUAGGAAAAGUAAUUGAUGAAGAAGAACAAGAGAAUAGGAGGAAGAAACGACGUGAGACAAGGCAACAGAAAACAGGACAAGAGCCCUAUCGGAACGCGAGGAAGAAAAAAGCAAACACCAUUGCAAUAACAGGGUGUAAAGCUCAGCUCAUUGUCGUGAAGAAGGAUGAGAAGUGGGUGAUAACAACCAUAAACCUAGAACACAACCAUGAUUUGAGUCCUCACACAGAAGUGAAAUACCUUCGUUCUCAUAAGCACAUGACGGAGGAGGAGAAGCUCCUAAUCCGAACAUUCAAUACUGUGAAGCUACCAACAAGAAAAAUAAUGGCAAUCCUAAGUUACUUGAGAGGUGGAAACACUCCUUAUACCAAAAAGCAUGUCAGCAAUGUUAGGACAGCCAUUGGCAAAGAGAGCAAUCAAAAUGACAUGAUGCAGGUGCUAACAUAUUUCAGGAAGAGACAAGCUAAAGAUCCACAAUUUUACUAUGCGUUCAAGACAGCUAAAGUCUCUGAUGAAGCAAGUAAAGUUUUGUGCAUUUUCUGGGCUGACGGGUAUUCUAGGAAGAUGUACGAGCUGUACGGAGACUGCCUCAGCUUUGACACAACAUUUAAGACAAACAGAUACAACCUUCCAUUUGCUCCCUUUGUUGGAAUCACAGGACAUGGCCAAAACUGUUUGUUUGCUUGCUCUAUCAUUGAGAAUGAAACAGCUGACACCUUCCAAUGGUUGUUUGAGACGUUCUUGCAUUGCAUGGGUGGCAAAUAUCCAUCCACAAUCAUCACAGAUGAGGAUGCUGGGAUGAAGACAGCUAUCCCUCUAGUUUUCCCCCAUAUCUGCCACAGACGUUGUUUGUUUCAUAUUAAAAAGAAGGCUGAGGAAAAAUGUACUAGGACUUUUGCUGCAAAUAAAACCCUGCAUGAUGAUUUCAGUGACAUCAUACACAACUCUCUGACGGUGACUGAGUUUGAGAACUUGUGGACACAGAUGCUCCAGAAAUACAACAUUGGGCAUGUGAAGUAUUUCCAAAUCAUGUGGAAGAAAAGGAAAAGGUUUGUCCCUGUGUAUUUCAAGAAGAACUUAUUCCCCUUCAUUCACUCUACUGCACUUAGUGAAGGCACCAAUGCCAUAUUCAAGGACAACAUCACGUCAACUCACAACGUGAUAAGCUUCCUACAAGAGUACCAGAAGAUUUCAGAAACUAUACAAGAUAAGGAGCGGGAGCAAGACUCUAUCACUAGAACAACUUCGCCAACAUUGUGGGCAUGA